AUGGCGUCCAUGGUUGAAAAUGGCACCCAUUUUGGCAAAAUUUCAUUUCUAGUGCUUUAUUUAUUACUUAACUUGGCCAUCGUUUCCUUCAGUUAUAACCUUGAGCAAUCCUCACCUAUAGUCAAAAAGCAAUCAAAUACCGAUGGAAGUAGCUCUUUAUUUGGUUUCGCUCUUACAUUACACCAACAGGAUGCCUCAACAUUUUGGGUAUUAGUGGGUGCACCGGAAUAUAAAAUAAACAACUUGCAAAGUGGAGCAGUCUUUAAGUGUCCGAUAACCAAUCGCCAGAAUGCUUCGGACUGUCAUCGCAUUGACAUCGAUGACAAUUUUGCUACUGGUGAUAUGCAAAGUUAUUUUUCACAUCAUUUUGCAGCUAGUGAACGUCAACCCAAAUUUGGUCAAUGGCUUGGUGCAUCUGUGGCAACAGGAGGACCAGGGAAGCGAGCAAUAGUCUGUGCCCCCAGAUUUCAAAAUAUUUUUUUCGAAAAUGGCAAUUAUCAGUAUCGCUUGAAAGGAAAAUGUAAAAUUCUUAAUAAUACCCUUGAGAGGUUUUAUGGAAGAGAGAGCUAUGAUCCUUUCAUCUUUUCAGGUUCAAUUAAAGGUGGUAAUGUACAACUGGGAUGGGCAUCAUCUUUCACUACAAAUUACCUUCCAAUUAUUGGAGCACCUGGCGCAUCAUAUGCUUCAAAUGCCAACAAUUUUGAAGGAACCGUGGCUGAGGUUACAGAAUUUAACCCUUCAACAUCUAGUGGAACAUAUAAAUUAGCUAUAUAUGAUACCAAUAACAAUGCUAUCAAAAAUAAUCCAGAUUUGGUCAGCAGCGAAUAUGAUGAUACACUCGUUGGCUAUAGUAUCACAUCGGGACGUUUUUUAUCACAAAAUGAGCAAAUUAUUGCCGCUGGUGCCCCAAGAGCUAAUAUUAUCGGCCAGGUUAAGUUCUACAAACAAAAUAGCGGGGCUUUAGAAUUGAUUAGUAACUUAACAUUAUCUGGAAAUCAGAUUGGAGAACGCUAUGGAACGUCACUUGCUGCCGUUGAUCUGAACAAUGACGGAUUUGAUGAUUUAGUGAUUGGAUCCCCAUAUUAUUCUAGAGUUAAAGAAGAGGGUCGUAUAUAUAUAUAUUUCAAUACCGGAAAGCUUUUCGCAUAUAGUAAUGUUGUAUUACGAUAUGUAUUUCUAAUGAAGGGAGGAUUCGUAGAACGUGGAUUUAGGAUUGGUAGAGUUACUAAUGGUGCAUUUGGAUUGACAGUAACAUCAAUUGGUGAUAUAGAUCAAGAUGGUUUCAACGACGUUGCAAUUGGUGCUCCUUUUGAUGGAAAUAAUAAAACUGGUGUUGUAUAUAUAUAUCGUGGAGAUGGCAACCUUGGCUUGAAGAGGUCCUUCUCUCAAGCUAUUGAUGCUGCCUCUUUCGCCAACAUGAAGUUAAACGGCUUUGGUAUAGCUGUAUCUGGCAAAAUUGAUGUUGACAAAAACGGAUAUCCAGUUUCUCAACAAAUUAUCAAGAGAAAUGAAUCAAAAUCUUGCGUUUACCAAGGCAAUAAACAUGCAUGGUUUGUUGCAUUAUCUGUAAAAUACACUAAUUUUGUAAAUUCGUUCAUGGUCAUUAAUUGUAACGACUUAAACGUUGAGUUAGAAGCAGAUGCAAAUACGAUCCCGUCUCGGGUAUUUUUUGAAAAUGGGCAAAAUAAAAUAAAGAAAACGGUUGCGAUUUUAACCACACAAAGCUGCAAUCAAUACACUUUAUUUCUGAAGCUACACGUCCUAACAAAUCUAACAAAGUAUCCAAUUUUCUUGCAGAACGAAAUUAAUAAUUUUAUAUCUGAUAUAUCCGUAACCUACCGAUACUCGCUUAGCGAAGAUGCCAGACCUACUAACAGUCCUUCUGGUGAGCUUUUCCAAGUGAAUGCUUUUCCUAUUAUUUCUGCUGAUGUUCCGACAACUGGAAGUCGCAUAAUCUCUUAUGAAAAAAGUUGCUUCAACUCCUCAAUAUGUAUACCAGAUUUACAUCUGAAUGCGUCAAUAAUUUGGAAUGGCAAUUACCCGGCAAUUAGCGUUGGUGUAACAAACGUGGUCAAUAUUAAUUUUAACGUUAAUAAUACUGGCGAUGACGCAUUUAAUGCAAAAUUAUAUGUUCACUUGCCUGCUGGCGUAGAAUAUUUGCAAACGCAGUCGGACACAGUCUGCAAUCAAAAUGUUAAUUCAAGACUAUUAGACUGUCCUGUUGGUAAUCCGUUAACGAAGGUUCAACGUGCGAUCAAAUUACGGUUGGCCUUUGAUGUUAGAAGAAUUGCCUUAAAUAUUACUCGCUUGCGCUUUCUAGUAAAUGUAACAUCAAUAUCAAGACCAGACGUGGUUACAUUUGGUAAUGAAAUUUAUGGUGAAAGUGCCGUAAAGCAAGAUAGCGAUAUCGGAAGUUUGGUAAUUCAUGACUUAUAUAUGCGUAAUAUUGGACCUGGAGUUUAUCCUCCGGUUACCCAAAGAACAAAUGUUAGCGCUAGGUUUGGUUCAAGACUAACUCGUAGAAAAAGAGAUUAUGAUACUCCCGUACCUACAACAUCGUAUACUGGGUCAGACUUGAAAUGCGGCAACGUCAUUUGUGAUACUUUCACUUGUGAUAUCGACUAUUUAGCUUCUCAACAAUCUGCUUCAAUCAGCGUUAUUUCUCGUUUGUGGAGUGCGACUUUAGCAUCGGACUAUGGAACUCAAAAUGUUAGAGCUUCGUCAUCCAUUAAACUUAUUUUUGCUCUUGUAACGAAUCAAAUUACCCAAUCAAAUAGUAACACCAUUUCUGUGACCACUACAAUUACUUCUUCAAUUACCACAACACCACAACCUGUUCCGUCUUAUAUUUAUGUCUUAUCCAUUGUUGGUGGUCUUAUUUUCCUUGCAAUCAUAGUAUUUAUAUUAUACAUCCUUGGAUUCUUCAAGCGCAAACAGUUACCUAAAAUUUCAGCACCCCAGCAACGAAGACCAGAAUUUAGACCAUCGGAAAGUUAA